GGUUCCACAUUUUACAUGAUUCAUUUUAACGGAUUGGUAUGAGGUGGAUUUUGUGUGUCUAGUAAAAGAUGGUUUAUUUUGUGUUUUGUCUUGCACUGGGCACUAGAACAUCUAGGCACAGGAACAUUUUCAUUCUUUUAUAAUGUCUAGAUGUUAUAUUUAUAUGUGUGGACUGGAAGCAUCAAUACCAAGCGUUAGUUCACCCAAAAAUGAUUCCAUAAUUUAAUCACCCUAGGUGUGUAUGACUGUCUUCCUUCAGUCAAAGACAGAGUUAUAUCAACAAAUAUCCUGGCUCUUCCAAGCUUUAUAAUGGGAGUGAAGAGUAACAAAGAUUUUGAAGCCCAAAAAAGCUAUUCAUCCAUCAUAAAGUAAUCCAUACGGCUCCAGGAGGUUAAUAAAGGCCUUCUGAAGCGAAGUGAUGCAGUUUUGAAAAAGAAAAAUAUCCAUAUUUAUAACUUUAUAAACUAGAAUCACUGGCAAUUAGUCCUCCCUUCCAAAUAAUAAAAAAGCCAUAAAGACAAUAUCAAGGUUUUUAUACAGCUGUGUAACACGACAAUUUUAUAGCUGAGAAUAGUCUAAGCUGUUAGACUCUGUCUGAUAUUUAUUUUAAUAUAUUUCACUUUUUAAUUUCUAUGAGCAGAAUUUUACAGCUGUGCCUGUUAAUAAGAUUGAUUGUAGAAUGUUUGCUUGAAAAGUUUAUUGUGUUGGUUAUUUUUAUCUGAAUAUGGGGGUGGUGGAGGGGCUGAUCCCGGGCUGUAAACUGGUCCCCCUCUGGCCCUGCCUCAACCCAAUCUGCAUAUAAAUACUCGAGACACUUCUAGUCAUGAUCAUCUGUGAGACAAACAUCUGUCCUGAACUGAUCUUCUCUCUGAUAUCACCUGAUGAACAUCACCUGCAGCAAGAUGCUGGUUUUGUUUUUCUGUCUGCUUUCUCUGACAGCAGCGGCUGCUAAAGUGGGACUUGAUGGUAAAGUGCUUCUGUUUCCAACCAAGACUGAUUCAAGCUAUGUUAAACUCACUCCUGAAAAGCCACUGAAUCUUACAGCGUUUACUCUCUGCAUGCGUGUCGCGAUGGAGCCCCAGGGCGAGAGGGAUGUCAUUAUGUUUGCUUACUGUACACCCGGCUACGACGAGCUCAAUGUGUGGAGAGAGAAGGAUGGUCAGGUGUCCUUGUAUUUACAUUCUAGUUACAAAGCAGCAUUUUUCCACCUGCCUCCGCUCUCCAUCUUCCAGACCCACCUGUGUGUCACCUGGGACUCUGCGACUGGUCUCUCUGCCUUUUGGGUGGACGGACGGCGCAGUGUGUUCCAGCUCUAUAGAAAAGGUCACUCAAUUCUUCCUGGCGGCACCGUCCUGCUCGGCCAAGACCCUGAUAUAUGUGCAGGGUCUAUAGAGUUCUUUGACCCAGAGCAGAGCUUUGUAGGAGAAAUUACAGAUGUGAAAAUGUGGGAUUAUGUUCUCCCUGGCAGUCAGAUUAAGGCGGUUUAUUCAAAUCAGGAACCGAAUGUGACGAAGGGAAACGUGUUUGACUGGGACACCAUCAAAUAUGAGAUUACUGGAAAUGUGAUAGUGGCUGAAAAUAACUGAUUCUGAUCUGUUUUAAUGUCACACAUUGUCAUCCACACUUUCUGUUCAUCUGUUUUAAUGAGGUGCAAAGCUGUAAGGGCUAACAAAUAAAUUUUUCUCAGCAUUACAACUGCUGUGUCUGUGCAUAAUUUGGAAUAGAGUUGAAUGUUGAAAAGGGGGUUUUAAUGGUCUAUAUUUAAAAUUUUCAUAUUCUCUCUAAUGUCAAGAAACUAGAUACC